AUGUGCUGCUCAAGGAUGCUGACAGACCGGAUCCUGGCACGCAGGGGCUCGGAGGGCGAGCGAGGCAGCGGGUUUCAGUGCUCCCAGUGCUUUCGUGAGUGGUCCUCGGCCAAAGCACACAUCCUGUUCCACAUGUGCUGGCACCAGGACUGGGGUGAGGUGCGGAUGCGACCCUUUCGCCAGGUGUGCAGGCAGUGCAUGGACCCCCAGCCGGAGGAGCCCAAAUUUAGCCAGGAGACCGUGGAGAGGGUUCUGCACAACCUGGUGCUAAAGAUCCUCAAGUACUUCUACCGUGUGUCCAUCCAGACCUCCAAACUCCUGGAAGUUGUGGUGGACCUGCAGGUGGUGGGGCCGCACGACAGCACCCGCUGUGAGGGCUGCCAGCUUGGUGUCUGCAGACAGUCGAGGGUGGCCCUGGUGCUGGAUACCUGGGAACCUGAGAUGGAUACCUGGGAACCUGUGAUGGGAUACCUGGGAGCCCAUGAUGGACACCUGGGAACCCAUGAUGGAUACCUGGGAACCUCCAUCCGCAGGGGCUGUGGGGCACAAGGGGGUGGCACUUGGCAGCACGGUGGCUUGGUGAGCAGGGGGCCAGGGCUGGGCUGGGCUGCGCUGGGGGUUUCCCACCAGAGCUAUUGACAGGAGGCAGACUCCCUAGCAAGCGUUUCGUAA